AUGGCCCCAGUAAAUGGAGCUCAGAGUUCUGAAGGACCGUACUAUUACGGAGACGUGGUCACGUACAGCUGUGAUGAGGGAUACGAACUGGACGGAGCCUCUAGUGUGACGUGUCAGGCGGACCAAACAUGGAGCGAACCUGUUCCAACAUGCCAACGGGUGGAAUGCCCAUAUCGGAUGGCCCCAGAAAAUGGAGCUCAGAGUUCUGAAGGACCGUACUAUUACGGAGACGUGGUCACGUACACCUGUGGUGAGGGAUAUGGACUGAACGGAGCCUCUAGUGUGACGUGUCAGGCGGACCAAACAUGGACUGAUGAUGUUCCAACAUGCCAACUAUUUGACUACGCAGUUGCAACAAGUGCGAUCACCGAUUCACCGCUGGACCCCGCCGUUGCUGAGGAGAUUGGGUUGGAACCCUUCUUGAACGACCUGGCCGCGUACGCAGAGUAUGACGGCACCCCGCUCGCCGACCUUCCAAACACGGAUAACAUCAUCAUCAUGCCUGAACGCUUGGCUCUAACCUACACCGAUCCAGAGACAGGCAUCAGAACAGGAAUGUUCCUACCAGAAACAAAGAAUUUCGACCCAGAUGUUCCAUUACCAGACGAGCUGCCAAGCAUCGUCAUCACAGCUUUAAUGGAAAUGUACCCGAUCUACUACGAGCAAUACCUGUCAAAUAUGGCGUCGACUUAUAGCAACUUGCGCGCCACCACGGAGUUUGACAUCGCAACGUACGGACCGGAAUGCCCCUACCCCGUGCGCACCGAGCUGGGGGGCGGUUUUGCACUAGAGCCCAUCGCACCAAGCCUUUGCCGACCUGUCGACAAGAUUGAAGAGAGAGACGAGGGGAGCGGUCGAACCGUAAAGUUAGUCAUAAGCGGAGAGAUUAUUGUACAGCCAUUAACGGCGGACGGACGGCCAAGUCCGGAUGAGUUCGCGUUUGAGGUGGAUCUUUCUUACUGUGACUGUUCGACGGAACCGCCAAGCGACCCACCGUGUACAGUCGUGACGUGCAACUCCGCGGCUCCAUUCAACAACGGGGAUACCUGCACCUACCUGUGCAGCGGUGAAUGUUCCGGAGCAAGCACCACUGUCACAUGCAUUGACGGGGUUUGGGACGGAGAGGUCGCUGUUUGUGAAAUUAGAUGUCCUCCAGAGCCUCCGCUACCUAGAGUAUUUGACUACGCAGUUGCAACAAAUGCGAUUACUGGUUCGACAUUGGACCCUGUCGUUGCUGAGGAGAUUGGGUUGAAUUCCUUCCUGAACGACCUGACCGCGUACGCAGAGUAUGACGGCACCCCGCUCGCCGACCUUCCAAACACGGAUAACAUCAUCAUCAUGCCUGAACGCUUGGCUCUAACCUACACCGACCCACAGACAGGCAUCAGAACAGGAAUGUUCCUACCAGAAACAAAGAAUUUCGACCCAGAUGUUCCAUUACCAGACGAGCUGCCAAGCAUCGUCAUCACAGCUUUAAUGGAAAUGUACCCGAUCUACUACGAGCAAUACCUGUCAAAUAUGGCGGCGACUUAUAGCAACUUGCGCGCCACCACGGAGUUUGACAUCGCAACGUACGGACCGGAAUGCCCCAUCCCCGUGCGCACCGAGCUGGGGGGCGGUUUUGCACUAGAGCCCAUCGCACCAAGCCUUUGCCGACCUGUCAACAAGAUUGAAGAGAUAGACGAUGGGAGCGGUGACUGUUCGACGGAACCGCCAAGCGACCCACCGUGUACAGUCGUGACGUGCAACUCCGCGGCUCCAUUCAACAACGGGGAUACCUGCACCUACCUGUGCAGCGGGGAAUGUUCCGGAGCAAGCACCACUGUGACAUGCAGGAACGGGACUUGGGACGGACAGGUUGCCGUUUGUGAAAUAAUGUUUGAUUACGGAGAAGCAACCAGUGCGAUCACUGGCUCGACACUGGACCCUGCCGUAGCUGCCGAGGUUGGUUCGGAUUCCUUCCUGACCGACCUGGCCGCGUACGCAGAGUAUGACGGCACCCCACUCGCCGACCUGCCCAACACAGAUAACAUCACCAUCAUGCCUGAGCGCUUGGUUCUAACCUACACCAACAACGGAGUCACUACAGGAAUGUUCCUGCCGGAAACCAGGAACUUCGACCCAGAAGUUGGGUUACCAGACGAGCUGCCAAGCGUCGCCAUCACAGCUUUAAGAGAAACGUACCCGCUGUACUACGCGCAAUACCUGUCCAACAUGGAGGCGGAUUAUCGCAACUCGCGCACCGACGUGGAGUUUGACAUCGCAACCUACGGACCUGACACCAACUGCACCUACCCACCGCGCACAGACCUGGGAGGCGGAUUCGCACUGCGGCGAAUUGCACCAACUCUUUGCCGACCUGACGACACGUUUGAAGCCAUAGACCCGGUCACCGAUCAACCCAUAAAAGUGGUCAUGGGCCAAGACAUAGUCAGGGAGCAAUACAUAGAGGAGGAGCAGGACUUUAGAGACGAGGCCUGGGUUGACGUUGAUCUUUGUGGAUGCUUGUUCCCGGCUCUGCCCCCCUCCCCAACGUGUGUCAUUUCCACCUGCACGCCCGGUACUUACUACCCCGUUGGUUUUACCUGUGAAUACCAGUGCGGCAGUGGAUGUACCGGAACCAGCACCAGCACGACCUGUGGUACAGGAGGAUGGAUCUUCCCCACACUUCCCGCCUGUAUAAGUGGAUGCAUGGCUCUGGCACCGCCAUGUAUGACUACAACGUGCAGCCCCAAUGUUGCCUACAUCCCUGGCUCCAUCUGCAUUUACGAGUGCGCCCCUGGAUGCAUAGGAGGAUACGGCAACUUGACAUGCGUCGGGUUAAUUGGAUGGGUCGGCUCCUUCGCACCUUGCUCAGUCGGAGGCUGUUUUCCACCAUAUCCGGUACUACCUGACGACUUUGACUACGCAGACGCAACCAGUGCGAUCACUAGCUCGACACUGGACCCUGCCGUAGCUGAGGAGGUCGGGUUAGGUUCCUUCCUGAACGACCUGGCCGCGUACGCAGAGUAUGACGGCACCCCAGUCGCCGACCUGCCGGAUACGGAUAACAUCGUGAUCAUGCCUGAACGCUGGGCUCUAACCUACACCAACAACGGCAUCACUACAGGAAUGUUCCUGCCAGAGACCAGGAACUUCGACCCAGCAGUUGGGUUACCAGACGAGCUGCCAAGCGUCGCCAUCACAGCUUUACGAGACAGGUAUCCGCUGUACUACGAGCAAUACCUGUCCAACAUGGAGGCGGAUUAUCGCAACUCGCGCACCGACGUGGAGUUCGACAGCGCAACGUUCGGACCGGACACCAACUGCUCCUACCCUCCGCGCACAGACCUGGGAGGCGGAUUCGCACUUCGGCGAAUUGCGCCAACCCUGUGCCAACCUGACGAGAGGAUCGUAGCCACAGACCCGGUCACGAAUCAACCCAUAAAAGUACGCACAGGCCGAGACAUAGUCCGAGAGCAGUUCAUAGAGGAGGAACAGGACUUUAGAGACGAGGCCUGGGUUGACGUUGAAGUUUCUCUUUGUGACUGCUUGGCUCCCCCAAGCUACCCGUGUAUAGACGUUGUGUGCGCGCCAGGCCCGUACUUCAACGGGGACACCUGCGGCUACACGUGCGCCCGAGGGUGUUCCGGAGUCAUCAGCACCAUCGUCACGUGCAAUAACGGGAUCUGGGACGGCACUGUGCCCAUCUGCAACGCGGAUUGCCCUCCUCUGCCCAGCAUCCCGCCUUGUACAGUCGCGCUGUGUUUCUCCCCGGCUCCUUACCAACAUGGAGACACCUGCGGGUACACGUGCGCGCCUGGAUGUAUCGGGUUUAUCAGCACCAUUCUGACAUGCAAUGACGGAAGUUGGGACGGCAUCGUUCCCUACUGCACAAAGAAACUCUGCCCACUAAACUACGAGCUGGCGAUGGGGAGAGGACCGUGCCUGCGGUUCUCUGAAGACCGUCAGAGCUAUCAGGACGCCAGCCAAACCUGCCGCGACGAGGGCGGCCGUCUGGUGGUCAUCAAAUCCGCAGCGCUAGACGCCUUCAUCGACAACCGAAUCCAAACCACCUACAACGCCGAGACAUGGAUCGGACUGGACGAUCUGACUCCUCCUCCUUCGCAGUACGUUUGGAGUGACGGCAGCGUGCUGGGGCCUGGUGACUUCAACGACUGGUCUCCCGGCCAACCGGACACACUCUACGGGGAGGAAUGUGUGGAGAUCCGCCCAUGGAGCCCGUUCAACUAUCGGUGGAACAACCACCACUGCUGGCGCCUCAAGCACUACAUCUGCGAGAGUUGUCCUCCGACGUCUCCGCUCCCUUGGGUAUUUGAUUACGAAGCCGCAACUAUUGCGAUCACCGGCUCGACACUGGACCCUGCCGUGGCUGAGGAGAUUGGGCUGGAUUCCUUCCUGAACGACCUGGCCGCGUACGCAGACUAUGACGGCACCCCGCUCGCCGACUUGCCCGAUACGGAGAACAUCAUCAUCAUGCCUGAGCGCUGGGCUCUAACCUACACCAACGCAGGCUGCACAACAGCACUGUUUCUGGAUGAAACCAGGAACUUCAACCCAGAUGUUGGAUUGCCAGACGAGCUGCCAAGCUUCGCCAUCGCAGCUUUAAGAGAAAGGUACCCGCUGUACUACGAGCAAUACCUGUUCAACAUGGAGACGGAGUAUCGCAACUCUCGCAACGCCAUGGAGUUUGACAUCACCACGUACGGACCGGACUCUGACUGUCCCUACCCCCUGCGCACCAACCUGGGAGGCGGUUUCGCACUAGAGCGAAUUCCACCAACCCUUUGCCAACCUGACGAAAAGAUCGAAACCAGAGACCCGGACACUGAUGAAGUCAUAAAAGUAGUCACCGGCAUAGACCUAGUCCCCCAGCAAACUGAGGAUGGGCUCUGGGUUGACGUUGCUGUUUUUCCUCGAUGUGACUGCUUGACCGGACCAGCGGACAUCCCACCGUGUAUAGAGGUGCUAUGUUUCUCCCCACCUCCGUAUAACAACGGGGACACCUGCGCUUACACCUGCAAGCCGGAAUGUAUAGCUCCUGGUUCAACCAGCAACAUCUUAACAUGCAACAACGGAGAUUGGGUCGGCGAGGUUCCCGAUUGCCCACUUAUGGGUUGCCCCUCUCGACCAAACUUCUACUGCACAACUGUAACCGACUGCAGCGCCCCCUACCUCAAUGGUGAGACCUGCACCUACACGUGUAACGACACUUGUGUAGGAAACCCCAGUACCAUGACCAGGACUUGUCUUGAAGGAAGCUGGUACGGAGAAGAUUGGGCCGGCUGCUAUAUAAUCCUGCGUCUUGGCUGCGACGCCUUGCCGCCCACCUUCCCGUGCACAACCCGGACCUGUACCGGUACCGACCACGGGGAUGUCUGUACGUACGAGUGCGACCGCGGAUGCACGGGAGUCCCCAGCACCAUGGUCAGGACCUGCGAGGACGGGGAGUGGGUCGGGGAACCCUGGAGAGGAUGCCAGCAAAAUUGCGACAGACCGCCAUCAUUCCCGUGCGCGUUGAGAUUGGGCUGCGCGUCUCCCUACACCGACGGGGAGACCUGUGCGUACUGGUGUAACCGGAGACGCGGAUGUGCCGGCAUUCCCGCCACCACCACCCGGAUCUGCCGUGACGGGGUCUGGGUCGGUCCAGACUGGAAUGGCUGCCACAAAGGUAACCCAUGA